AUGCUCUAAUUUAAAAUAUUUUUAAAACCUAAAUUUUCAAAAUGACACUGCCCAGACCAGUAGCACCUGUAUCCAUGGCGAUGACAACGGUGGGUUAUAAACUCCGUUGCUGAAUCGCUCAAAUGACCCAGUCACCGACUCAGUCUUCUCCCAACACAAACAACGACCAAACAACUACUCCUCACAUCCCAACAGAGAUCGUGAGCGAAGAAGAGAUGGCCCUCAUUGAAGCCGCCUUAGCCUCGGCACUCUCGUCAUCUUCAUCCUCUCUCUUCUCUCCUCUCUCUUCGACUCUGUUUAUGCGAAAUGCGAGGUCGAUUUCGUCCCUUACUCUGCUCACCAAAAAAAGGAGGUUGUCGGAUUGUGCGGAGACCAGUUCGGUGGGUGACAUAGAGGACUUGGGUAAUUGUACAGAGAGUACCCAGAAGACGAAUGAAGUCUCUGAAUCGUUUUUCCAUCGGUUUCGAAGGAAAAGAGGGUUAUUUGUCACUGAUAUUACCGCGACGGAGUGGUGUGAGAAACAAAUGGAGUUCACUCUACUCCUUGGUAAGCCAAAAACCACUAGUGCAAUGAAAGCUGGUAGUGCGCGUCAUGCAAUGCUUGAAGAAGAGGUUAUAAAAAGAGUAACAAUUCGUGGCGAGUCAGAGGAAGAUGCAUGGGCUAUAAAAUUUAUAAAUUUUAUACUUGGUGCCAAUCAAUUAUUAUUUGAUGGAUUAACACGUGAGUUACCACUAAUAGGAUUUGUUGAAGGUAUAUGGAUGGGGGGAGUGAUUGAUGAACUCCUGAUGCUGACUACAGAAACCGAAAGAAAUGUGACAUUAGUAGACACAAAAACUCGUGUGCGAGCGACAAUUCCUGCUGAACCACAACGAAGGAAUGGAAGGCUUCAAUUAAUGUGCUACAAAUAUUUGUGGGACAAUUUGGCUGCUGAUAACUUCCCCUCCAGACAAUUUUUUGAUUUCUUUUCUUUGGAUCCCCAUUCUAUUUUAUGUGAAGAAAUCAGAGAGACUACUGCUAAUUCAGGUUUUCCUUCUGAGACCCUCUAUGAUUUAUUGAGGUACUUCAGAAAUACGUGUUCCAUGCUGUCUCCUGCUCAUGACCAGCUACUGUUGAGAUAUGAACUCCAGAAAGAUCAUUCAUUGCUUGCUGAAGAUAAAUUUACUUAUGAUCCCGAGUGGCUUAAGGGUCAAAUCCAGUGUUGUGUCGAGUUUUGGCUGGGAAAGCGAGAAGCGAAUUGCACACCAAUGGAGGAGCGUUGGAAGUGCAGAUUUUGUAAAUUUGCUUCCACGUGUCCAGCAAACACCAACAGUGAAGGUACACAAAGCUAGUGUAAGAUGCAAGCAGGCUUCACCCCAACAUUUUCCACUUGUCCGGUUGUUGCUGAGCAGUUUUGAAUAUCAAAUGGGCCUCCCCAAAAGGUAAUUUUAAUGUGGCCGAUUUCCCCACUUUUGCAAUCAGUUUCGCUACAGCACCCUUGUUUCUUCGUUACAUGCUCUCAGACUAGAAGCAUGCGUGGCAGGUCAUGUGGCUAAUGCUGAUGAUCAUGUAAUAUUUUUUUACAAGCCUCUUCCGUGGCCUGUGAUGAUUCAUUGUUGUAGAAAUUCAAAUUAAUCAUUAAUUUUUAAAUUAUUAUGUUCACGAGGCUCUGACGGUUCAUUCUGGUGAAAAAUGCAAUUGUUAGCUGUAA